UAAUAAUAUUAUUACAUAAUUAAAUUCUUUCAUCUUCCUAACAGAGAGAGAGGAUCGUCCUCUCAGCGACGCUGAUCCCAACUGUUCCAGUACCAAAUCUCUGUGUCCCAAUCCAACAGAUCCUUCUUUUAAGCUAAACCCACCAUUUUUUUUUUUUUUUCUGAAACCCAUUUCUUAUCUCUCGCCGGACCUUCAGAUUUUACCUCAAAACCAUGUCCAAAUCUCCUCUGCAUCUCCUCUUUCUCCUCUUUUUCCUUGUCCUCUGUUCCCAAUCCUACAGCUCCCGCCUUCCUUCCAUUUCUUCCAUCACUUCUUCUUCUUCUUCCUCCUCCUCCUCUGAUCUGGUCUCCGAUGGCGUCAAUGAGUUGCAGGAACCCUCUUAUCUGCAUCUCAAUACGCUUUCUUCAUUCUCUGCACCAGAGGAAGAGUCUUGCGAGCAGUCUUAUGGGUUUCUGCCCUGUACCACCACUGCUUUGGGGAAUCUCUUUUUGAUUAUCGUUUAUGGGUAUUUGAUGUUUUUGGCUGCUAAGUAUUUGUCUACUGGAAGCGAGCUAUUGUUGGAGAUCUUGGGACCUGGAAUUGUGGGGGGAUUAUUCCUUCCUGCGCUUGGUGCUCUUCCUGAUGCCAUGUUGAUUCUCGUUUCUGGUCUUGCAGGAAGUGCUGAGGUUGCACAAAGCCAGGUCUCUGUUGGAAUGGGUCUACUAGCUGGCUCAACUGUCAUGCUUCUUACACUGAUCUGGGGCACAUGUGUGAUUGUUGGGAAGUGUGACCUUCAAGAUUCAGUUGCCAUAGAUUCACAGGAUACAAAAGGGUUUAGCUUGACUGAAUCUGGAGUUAGCACUGAUAUUUGGACCAGCUAUGCAGCCAGGAUUAUGGUUAUAUCUGUUGUUCCAUUUUUAAUCGUUCAACUUCCACAAAUGCUCAAUUCAACAUCAGGAAGGCACUUGGCAGUGUUGAUUGCUCUUAUAGUCUCUGUUUCAAUGUUCAUUACCUAUUGCCUUUACCAGGUCUUCCAACCAUGGAUUCAAAGGAGGAAACUUGCCUUUGUCAAGCACAAGCAUGUUAUAUUUGGAUUUUUAAGACAUUUAAAACAGCAAACACUUGGAAGACUCCUGACAGAGAAUGGGGAGCCAGAUAAAGAAAUAAUAGAGAAGUUAUUUUCAAGAAUUGAUGUGAACAAGGAUGGACUUCUUUCAGCUUCUGAACUGAGAGCACUAAUCGUUGGUAUUCAGUUUGACGAGAUCGACUUAGACCAUGAUGAUGCUGUUGACAAAAUAAUGAAUGACUUUGAUACUUCUCGUGAUUCCCAUGUUGAUUCUAAUGAGUUUGGCAAUGGAAUCAUUAGGUGGCUUUCUCAAGUUCAAGGUUCAAGAACUGGCAGAGGUGAUGAUGGUCCUCACACAAUGAAGUAUCUGCAUAACUUUCAUCAAGAAACAAAGAGAGAACACGAUUUGCUGGAUGUUGGGGAACAAAGCGAUGAGGUUGUAGAGGGCGUCGAAGAGGGCAAGGGGGUCUUGAUAAAAGCUAUACUCUUCUUGUUACUUGGAACCGCCAUUGCUGCUGCCUUUGCUGACCCUUUGGUUGAUGUCGUACAUAACUUCUCCAAUGCAACUAAAAUCCCUGCGUUCUUUAUUUCAUUUAUUGCUCUGCCAUUAGCAACCAACUCCAGUGAAGCAGUUUCUGCUAUUAUCUUUGCAAGCCGUGACAAGCGAAAAACUGCCUCCUUAACAUUUUCCGAGCUAUAUGGAGCAGUGACAAUGAACAAUGUCCUUUGCCUAUCAGUUUUCUUGGCUCUUGUUUACUUGAGAGGAUUGGUUUGGAACUUUUCAUCUGAAGUGCUGGUCAUUCUCGUCGUUACAGUUGUAAUGGGAGUCAUGGGUAGCUUCCGAACUGCCUUCCCGCUCUGGACAUCUCUGGUGGCUCUCCUUCUCUACCCCUUCUCUCUUGUGCUGGUCUAUGUUCUUGAUUAUGUCUUUGGUUGGUCAUAGAUCAGUUGGCGUUUUGAGUUCUAUUCAAGGGGUUUAUUCCUUUAAAUUUCCGGAUGUUUUUGCACAUACUCUCUGCUGAGCCGAUGUUAUACAAUAACUCUUCUGCUCUCUUUUUAUUUGCUUCA